UUGGAUUUGAUUGACAGCAACGGGAGCACUGCUAUUAAUCUAUCAAUGAAGAGCUGAGAAGCCGUGGAGAGAGUGACACGGGAUCGCACCCACAGAAAUUCGGAGCUCAGGAACACAGAAGAGGGAAUAACAGAAUAUCUACAGCAGGAUACAAUAUUACAGAACAAUGUUUCCGGCUGAACCUGUGACGAUUCUUCUGUCAGUUGCUGUGAUCCUCUUCUUGGCCCUUGUAUACAGCAGUAUGAAGGAAGACAAGUACAAGAAUUUCCCCCCUGGACCCAGACCACUGCCAAUCAUCGGAAAUGUGCUCAGUAUAAACAUGCAUAAACCUCAUAAGACAUUUAUAGAGCUAUCCAAGGCAUAUGGUCCAGUGCUAGGUGUCCAAAUAGGGAUGGAGAAGAUGGUUGUCCUCUGCGGUUAUGACGCUGUAAAAGAUGCUCUUAUCAACCAUGCUGAUGAAUUUUCGGACAGGCCAAAGACACCGCUGUUUAAUAAAAUUCUAAGGGGAUAUGGUAUCAUCUUUUCCAAUGGAGAGAACUGGAAGGUGAUGAGAAGAUUCGCACUUUCUACACUACGGGAUUAUGGGAUGGGGAAGAGGACUAUAGAAGACAAGAUUAAUGAGGAAGCUGAAUGCUUGGUCCAGGUUUUCCAAUCACACGGAGGGAAGCCCUUCAAUAAUCACACCAUUAUUAAUGCAGCCGUGGCCAACAUUAUUGUAUCCAUACUACUGAGCCGUAGAUUUGAGUACGAGGACCCCACUAUAAAGAAGCUCAUGGGUAUAGUUAAUGAGAAUUUAAGAAUUCUGGGCUCACCUAUAGUCAGGCUCUACAACAGCUUUCCAUUUAUAAUGGGCUUGAUGCCAGGAGGCCAGAAGAAGUUCACAAAAAACAUUUUACAAUUUCGGAGCUUUAUAAGAGCCACAUUUACUAAGCAAAGGAAAGAACUGGACAUAAAUGAUCAGAGAAACCUUAUUGAUACUUUCCUGGCCAAGCAACAAGAGGGGAAACCAGAAUCCACCCUGUAUUACCAUGAUGAAAAUUUGACAGCUCUGGUGGGAAACUUGUUUGCUGCUGGAAUGGAGACAACAUCCACCACUCUGAGAUGGGGGCUCUUACUAAUGAUGAAAUAUCCUAAUAUACAAAAGAAAGUGCAAGAUGAAAUUGAAAGAGUAAUUGGCACAGCCCAGCCUCAAUUAGAGCACCGGAAACAAAUGCCGUACACUGAUGCCGUUGUUCAUGAGAUCUUUCGCUAUGGUGAUAUCGUACCAGGAAGUGUUCCACAUGCAACUUCACAAGAUGUCACAUUUAGAGGAUAUUUCAUACCAAAGGGAACCACAGUCAUCCCAGUGCUCUCCUCUUCUCUAAGAGACAAAGACUACUUUGAAAAACCUUAUGAGUUUUACCCAGAGCAUUUUCUGUAUACAGAAGGCAAUUUUAAAAAGAAUGAUGCAUUCAUCCCAUUCUCUAUUGGAAAAAGAAGCUGUGCUGGGGAAACAUUGGCCAAGAUGGAGAUGUUCCUCUUCUUUACAACACUGCUACAACGCUUCACCUUCCAGGCCCCUCCUGGAGCUGUGCUGGACCUCACACCUGCCCUGGGGGGUACAAAUUCCCCAUUACCAUAUGAAAUCUGUGCAAUCCUCCGCAUGUAGAUUAGGUGUGCUCUAAAACACAAAGUAAUUUAUUUACAUUAUUCCUCUUUCUAAACAAAAUAAAUGGAUUGUCAGCUUA